AGAAGUAAAAUUGGGAUGGGGGCACUCGAAAAGAUCAGAGGGGUUUUCUAUGUGUGCCUCACCAUUCCUGAUGUAAUGCAUGGCAGUACAGGACAAAUCUAGCAGGGAUAGCAGCAGAUGUUGAAAAACUAAGCACGAAUGCUGGAAAUGAGCCCCAUGAUUGCUGACUGUAGGUUCAUCACGAUGGGAGGCACCGCGUAUGCAACAAGGGACCUCAUCCAUCUGUAUUGGCAGGCAAAAAUUGAUAGCCCAAUGAGGAAGGAGGCUAUAAUUCAAGAAGCUUUCAAGAGAGAAAUAUCUUUUCUGGCUAUGUACAAACCAUUUGUGAAAGGAGAUGAGAGCGCCAAAAUAAAGGAGGCAGACAAAACCUUUGCUAAAAAGCACUCUGAUUACAUGCAGCACAUAUUUACAGAUCAUCACGGAAUUUGCAUGUGGCCAGACAUGGCUGCAUCUCCACCUACCCAGCAGUACUGACUUACUCUAGAUUUCAGAAACAAAUAUGUUGGAAAAAACUUGGAAGAGUCUUUAACUAGAAAACAGCCAAUCUUUUCAGACCAGAAAGCACCUUUCAGUCCUACCAUGGAUGAAGAAACAAAAAGACUGGGGGAAAGCAGUGAGAAAAAGAUCAUGCCAGUAAUGGAUUUUAUAAGAAGCACCAGAAUAAGUAUGAGUAUAAGACCAUGUCCAAGUGUGAUGGAGAGGUUUCAUUACAUGAUUCUCCUUGGCUGCUUGCAGAGAGUGGAGGAACAGUCCCAAGUGAUGAAUCAAGUGAUGGCUGAGCUGGCCACCCUUCCCUACCUACAGGAAGUCUCUUGGGAGGGUGCCAAACUGCUGCAGUCACUAAUGGCUGAUGCCAUGGACAUCCUUGAAGGAAAAAGUGAAGAAGAUUGUGUGUGGACUAAAAUUCAGAAGAUGAAUCUGACCCGACAGAAUGAAUAA